CAGUGGGACACGUGACCAGGCGUCCGAUUGAGAAGCAGGCAGCAAAAACUUUGGUAACUUUGAGUGGAGACAGGCUGCAAAGGCUCGCGCUGAGGAACAUGCCCCCUACUCCAGUAGAUGUGUUGGUCUCCAAACCCCUGGACGGAGGUUGGGGCUGGAUGGUGGUGUUUGGGGCGCAUAUUUCCAUUGGAUUUGCUUACUCAACCCCCAAAGCCCUUUCCAUUUUCUUCAAGGAGAUUCAGGAGGACUUGGGGGCCAGCUACAGUGAAAUAGCGUGGAUUUCUUCCAUCAUGUUGGCUGUCAUGUAUGCUGGUGGACCUGUCAGCAGUGUGUUGGUAAAUCGCUUUGGAAGCCGACCUAUAGUCGUGAUGGGUGGACUGAUGUGUGGGGUUUCUAUGGUAACUGCUUCUUUUGGGAACUCCAUCGCUUCUCUCUACUUCUGCAUUGGUGUCAUCGGAGGUUGUGGACUCUCCUUCAACCUGAAUGCAUCUCUCACCAUCAUCAGUAAAUAUUUCCUGGCCAGGCGGCCAUUAGCCAACGGGCUUGCCAUGGCCGGGAGUCCGGUGUUCCUCUGCCUCCUGGCCCCUGUUAACCAGUUUCUGCUGGGCCACUUUGGCUGGAGAGGAAGUCUUCUUGUCCUUGGGGGUAUGAUGCUCAACUGUUGCGUUGCUGGGGCCUUGAUGAGACCCGUCGCUCCACCUCGUAACCCAUUCUCUUGUGAGGCACAGAAGAAAGUGGAGCAACUUGAGCGGUAUACUCAGAUAAAAGAAAGCUGCAUGAAGAACACUAAGAAUUUUUUGGAUUUGUCCUCCUUCAAGGAUCGGGGCUUUGUCAUUUACCUCGUCGGAAAUAUAAUGUUCAUCUUUGGUGCCUAUGCGCCUAUUGUAUUUCUGUCCGCCUACGCCAUUAGCCAAGGUGUGGAGGAGUACUCUGCAGCCUAUCUGCUUUCUAUCAUGGGCUUCGUUGACAUGUUUGUUCGCCCUGGCACCGGCUUGAUAGCCAACAGCAGGUGGAUCAGGCCGAGAAUUCAGUACUUUUUCAGCUUUGCUAUGGUUUUCAAUGGUGUGUGCCAUUUAGUGUGCCCUCUGAUGAAGAGCUACACCUUCCUGGUGGCCUAUGCUGUGUUUUUCGGAGUGGCUUUCGGCAUGGUUUUUGCCCUAAUAUUCGAAUGCCUCAUGGACCUGAUGGGAAAUCAUCGCUUCCCCAGUGCUGUUGGACUGGUCACCAUUAUAGAAUGCUUCCCCAUGUUACUGGGACCACCUGCUGCAGGGUUACUGGUGGAUGUCUUUGGUGACUACAAGUACCUUUUCUUCAUGUGCGGCGCAGUGAUCGUGACCGGCGGGCUCUUUCUCUUCGUCAUGAACAUCUACAACUAUCACAUGCUGGACAGAGAGAAGGCAGAAAAAAACAGAACCACAGAGAACCAGGACCAGGUGCCUGUUUCAGAGGCACAGAUACAACUGACCCAGCAACAGGCAGGACAAGAGAACGUAGAAAGAUCGAAUUAGAUGCAGCCGAUGGUGAAAAAGCUCCCACAUUAACCGCAACCUGUUGUUGAAGAAGCAAAAAGAUGAAUGCCUUAACUUUUAGUGUGAGUCUGGAUCAAUUAUUUAAUCUGGGAAAUAUUUUUUCAAAAAUCUUAUUAACAUUUAGAGCUAUGGACUUGGCAGAAGUCUACACUCUGAGUGUUGUGAUUAAUUUACCAAAGAUUUGAGACAUUUCUUGUUUGCAAUAUUCAGUAAAUUAUCAAGUUAGUUAACCACCAAAAAAGACAACUUUAUGUCACGGCUGUGGAGUCAUGACAACAUGCACACGGAAACACUGCUCAACAUGUAAUGUUUGCAUAAUUUUUCACCAUCAUUGUGUAGCAUGCAUCUGCAUUUGCAUGUGAACAAAAUACAUCUGCUCUAUAAGUAAAACGGAGGAGCUUCUGGGGGUAUUGUUCAGAAUGUUGGUAGAUCACCACAAUCAAUAAGAUUUACCCUGAAAUCAGUCAGUGUUUCCAUCCAUCCAUCCAUCCAUCCAUCCAUCCAUGUUUGAAGACAUAAAGGUCUAAACCAAAGUGAACUGAGCCAAAUUCACUGUUCUGAGCCGUACUAUGUAAAAUAUAUGCAAGUUAUGUUUUUUUUUUUUUAGUAAUUUAACCUGUGAUUUGGGUUACUCGUGCUUAUUAAGACAAAAGAAAAGAGAGAGACAAAAUAAACUAAACUCUAUGGUGUUAUGGCCUUGGGUGACAUACAUAAUUUUUCUGUGGGGGGUUGUAUAUGCACACCUAAGGUCCCACCCCAGCAUUUUAGUUGAGGCCUGGACUUUUAACCUUUUACUACAGCUUGAUUUUUCUUUCAUUUUCAGCCAUUCUGUUGUAGAUUUGGUGCUGGAUCAUUGUUCUGUUGCGUGACCCAUAUUUGUCCAGUCUUCAGCUAUCGACUCAGCUAGCUUCGCAUUUGACUCCAGAAUACUUUGCUCUAUAGACAAGACUGGAAAAGAUAGUUUUUCAUUUUGUGUCUUCCCUCCUUGACAUUGUGUUAACACUUGCACAUGCUUACAUACUUUGUUCUUAUGGAAGCAGUAAGGUUGUACUUAAGUGCUUUAUGAGUACACAGGCCAAGGGUUUUCUUUCUUUUUAUUUGGGAUGUGAAUGUGUGUUGAUGUGUGUAUCUUCUAAUCAAACUCAAGCUGAAAACAUGGAAUGUUCUAGCAUUGCAACUAACCUCAGGGUGGGAUAUUUUGUUCUCAUACUGUUUCUAAUAGUAAGACCGGUGAUAUGCUUUUGUUUAUUCCCCCCAAUUAAUUACUGUAUCUGUAUAAUAUGUGUUACAAAUAAUUUUUUUAUCCUUUUGUUUUAAAACUAUAUAACUAAAUCUGUUACUGAAGUGUUAGACUUGUAAUUGUGUAAUUCACAGAAACUGAUACUGUAUUUUUUAAGCUUUAUUUAUUGUAAACUUUCACCUUUAAUCACAUACAUUGAUGUUCCUCAGUUAUGUAAUCACUUGGCGUUGACAUUUAACAAGAGAUUUGUUGUUUGUGUAAUACUGGAUUUGGAUGCUGUUAUUUGAUCUGAAGCUGUGUGCUGCUGCUUAUGGAUGUGUGUUUGUCAUGAAACUUAGUGACAAUGAUAAAAUACCACUAAACUACAGUAUUUGAAGCGAUGGCAGCUCUUUUUUUACACUGUUCUACACAAUUUAAACAUCCAUAAAUGUUUUUACACUCAUGGUCUUGCUGUAAACUAAUAAAAUCCACAGAAAAACUAGUUUGUCUGACCCAUUUGUUGUAGAUGAUGAAUCUGAGUGUUCAAACUGAAUUGCAUUCAUCAUUUACUGUAGUUUCCAGGACGUGUGAAAGCAUUGCAGUGAUGGAAAUGACACCAAAACACAUGAGAAAGGCCAUCAAAUCAAAAUCUAGUUUGUAUCUCCUCAGUCUUGGUGGCUUUGUCCAUUUUUAAUGACAAUUAAAAGAUCUGGGGAACAAGUUUGGAAAUGUCAGCAGCUUAAGGGCGUGAGUGCCUAAUGAAGCAAGGCCCCCAUGUUCCAGGCUCGUGCUCUGAGCUGCAUGCAUCCUCAUACAUAUCAGCAAAUCAUUGGGCCAACAAAUUAGGAAUGCAGAGGCAAACACACUUUCUUUCUCUUUUUUUCUUUUGUUUUGCUCUGCCCCCUUUGUCAAGUAUUACACAAGGUCUUUGGACAUGACAAGGUGGAAAGGUUCCCCAGAGAUGAGGCUGUGGGCUCUGUGGCUGGGAAUCUGUUUGUCAUUAUUAUAAUCCCUCUCACCUCCUGUUCCCCUCUUGCCCACUGACCCUCCCCUACAUACCGUCCUCCCCACAACAUUUGUUCCCACAAUGCUCCAUGACUGUUGUCCUCCAUCCUCAAUGGUAAAAAAGACUUCUGUGUCUCCAGGGGAUGUUGGAGGUGAUCAAGUCACAGAAUUUCUGCAGAGAGAAGUCUGCUCUUCUGAACAAGUAAUAUAUAUAUGCUGAAGUCAUAUGUAGAUGCUC